CACAAAACACACCUCAGUCUGUUACUCUAUUUACUGUGCCAGUGAACCAGCCGGCGGUCAACACCAUUUUACAGUCAUCAUUUUUUAAUGAAAUCCUUUGUUAUUCUUCCGAAUCGGAUACUCUCUUGACCACACUGACUUAUAACAGCAAAGAGAGUGUUUUUUGUAUACAUUUUUGGAAGAACUCUCUUCACCUGCCUUUGUUAGCAAGUUAGCCUUGCGAAACUCUUCUGUCCUUCGCGAGCUCCCCAUUCUUUAUUCCUUUCGUCUUUUAUAUCGUGAUUUAUUUUUUAGUUCGUUUCAUUAUUUUUUCAGUCAGACAGCGGUUGUAGAUAAACCUGUGCUAACGGAGCAGCUCUUUGUUCGUGGCUCGGAAAAGACCCACAUCAGCACCGCCUUGCAGUGAUGAUGAGGGUGAUGAUUGUGAUGAAGAGGAGACAGAGCUGAGAGCUGAGUGUGUGUGGUUGUGUUGCAUUCACAUUGGGAGUGGAAAGGACCCCCCUCCCCCACACACACUGCAUCCAUGUUUUCCCCCGACCAGGAAAACAUCUCCACGUCCUCAACCAAAGUGCCAGUCAAAUAUGGAGAACUCAUUGUGCUUGGGUAUAAUGGCUCUCUACCCAACGGGGACCGUGGCAGAAGAAAGAGCCGGUUCGCACUCUUCAAGAGGCCCAAAUCCAACGGUGUCAAACCCAGCACAGUACACGUAGCCUGCACCCCACAGGCGGCCAAGGCCAUAAGCAACAAGGAUCAGCACAGUAUUUCCUACACUCUGUCCCGAGCACAGACAGUAGUGGUGGAGUACACUCAAGACAGCAAUACAGACAUGUUUCAGAUUGGCCGCUCAACUGAGAGUCCAAUAGAUUUUGUGGUGACCGACACAGUUCCCGGAAGUCAAAGUAAUUCAGACACCCAGUCAGUUCAGAGCACCAUCUCUCGCUUUGCGUGCCGGAUCAUGUGCCAGCGAUCACCCCCUCACACCGCCCGCAUCUACGCUGCUGGAUUCGACUCUUCCAAGAACAUCUUUCUAGGGGAGAAGGCAGCGAAGUGGAGGACAUUGGAUGGACAGAUGGAUGGUCUGACAACUAAUGGUGUAUUAGUAAUGCAUCCUCGCCUUGGUUUUACGGAGGACUCAAAACCUGGUGUGUGGAGAGAGAUUUCGGUGUGUGGAAACGUGUUCACCUUGAGAGAGACCCGCUCGGCUCUGCAGCGAGGGAAAAUGGUCGACAAUGAGACUCAAGAGUUAGUGGACGGCUCCCUGAUCGAUCUAUGUGGAGCGACACUCUUGUGGCGUACAGCCGAGGGCCUGUCCCACACUCCCACAGUCAAACACCUGGAGGCGCUCCGGCAGGAGCUGAACGCUGCUCGUCCCCAGUGCCCUGUGGGCUUCAACACCCUCGCCUUCCCCAGCAUGCGCAGGAAGGACAUCGUGGAUGAGAAGCAGCCCUGGGUCUACCUGAACUGCGGCCACGUUCACGGCUAUCACAACUGGGGGAACCGCGAUGCCGAGCGAGAUGGAAGAGAGGGGAGGGAACGUGAAUGUCCAAUGUGCCGCGCUCGUGGGCCGUACGUGCCGCUUUGGCUGGGCUGCGAGGCAGGAUUUUAUUUGGAUGCAGCCCCGCCCACUCAUGCAUUUAGUCCUUGUGGUCACGUAUGCUCGGAAAAAACAGCAGCGUAUUGGAGUCAAAUCCCCCUCCCCCACGGAACGCACACCUUUCACGCCGCAUGUCCUUUCUGUGCCCAGCAGCUCAACGGUGAGCAGGGAUUUAUCAGACUGAUCUUCCAGGGGCCGGUGGACUAAACACACCUUCCUAUGACCUUUUACCCCAGUUGCCCCAUAGCCUAAAUUGCUAAUGACAAAGAUAUGCCAGGCUUGCUCUCUAAUUCUCUUUUUCUCUACUAUUGAUUUUCUUUUUAUAAGCGCUGACUCGAGACUGUUUUUUUUUUCACCUCUGGUUUGUAAGUGACCUUUAUACUGCUUUUUCAAAUACAGAAAAGACAAAGAAAUAUAUAUUUUCAAAUAAAAAUAAAAGCAAAAAAUAAAACAGAAUAGACCUAUUCAGAACAGCAGAGCACAUGCACACCCAUUUUUGAGAGUUCUGAUUGGGUGGCUCUGCUCUUCAUUUUAAGUGGUGGGCGACGUGACCGUCACAGAUGGUGAUGUGUACAGUGUUUAUUUGCAGUAAUACUCAGCAUUAGAGAUGCAGUACACCAUCCUUGUGUUUAUAAUGAGCUAAAAAAAGAGUCUAUUUACUAAUUACUCAUUAAUUCAUUCAAUUAUUCACAGCAUUUCACAAAGCAACUACAUUAUACUGCAGAAAGUUGUUUUCCAUAGUCAGAUAUGUCUAACUUAAAAAUAAAUACUUGUUAACGUUUUUUUUUAUUUAUAUACAAUAUCAAUUUUUAUCAAAGAUAAAAUUAUAGUUGUGUUUUUGGGAAGUUCUAUGUAGCUGGGUGUCUGUCUGUCUGUCUGUCUAUCUAUCUGUCUAUCUAUCUAUCUAAUCGCAAGUAUUUCCAUCUUCCACAUGUAGCCUUGGCUUGCUUUCAGAUUUUCACUGUUCUGUAGUUUGUCCACAUUUAUAAAGGUAACAUGAUUUAUGUAAGUGUGGAAUCUUCUCUGCAAUAGUGAACCUGUUAGGUCACGCUCAUAGAAAAUUCUUGCUGAGCUCCAGAAAACUCCAGAGGCCUAAAAGUCUUCACCUCCCUUUAAGUACAGGCCAAAAAAACAUGCCCUGUCAGUGAGUGUUUGUGUAUGUUGUAUGUGCGUAAGGUCUUGUCUUAAAGGAACAGUUCACCCAAAAGUAAAAAUUUCUUUCUUCUGCAGAACACAAUGCUUUUUAGAAAAAUAUCUCAGCUCUGUAGGUCCAAACAAUGC